CAAACCAAAACUUCAACAAUCAACUGAAGAGAGGAACUGGCAACGAAACCGGUCCACACACACACACACACCAAAACCUCAAAUCGCCCCCUUUGAAAUCAUCCAAAAUCACCGGAAUCACCGUCGGUUUUCCUCCGAUCAAACACCGAGAUCGAGAGAGCCGGCAGUUUUCCGUCGCCGAUCACCUCUCUCAUCUCAAAAUCCACCACAAAACACUUCACACACACAAUUCCGUACAACUUUCACAUGAUCCACUUACAACAUCAUUGAAUGCGAAGAUCUAAUGCCCGUACAUCAUCAUCAGCUGAUCGUAACAACAUUCACGACGAGAACAACGCAAUGGAUAACUCGAAGAAGCUCAAAUUCAGACCUAAUCAGCCUCUCCGAUCUACAAAUCUCUUCUCCAGGAAUCAAAAGCAGCAAUCGUACACAACGAGAUCGAAUAUUAUCGUUAUCGGAUUCGUAACCCUAGCUUUCGUGACGUCAUGUUACUUUUUUGUUAAUUCUGGUAGUUCGGUAGGGAAACUGAAACCGAAACGGUACCGUAUUGUGAUUGACGGAGGGAGUACGGGGAGUAGGAUUCAUGUGUUUGAGUAUUCGGUUAGUGAUAGAGGUCCGGUUUUUGAUUUUAGUGGUGAGAAUUCGAUGAGAGUUAGCCCGGGGCUAUCGGCUUUUGCGGAGGAUCCGGUUCGGGCCGGUGGAUCUGUGGUGGAGCUGUUGGAGUUUGCGAGGAAGCGGAUACCGAGGGAGAGUUGGGGAGAAACUGAGGUUAGGUUAAUGGCUACUGGUGGAUUGAGGAUGCUGGAGUUGAGUGUGCAGGAGAGGGUUUUAGAGGCUUGUAGGACGGUUUUGAGGAGUUCGGGAUUCGUUUUUCGGAAUGAUUGGGCUGAGGUUAUCUCAGGGUCUGACGAAGGAGUACAUGCAUGGGUUGUGGCUAAUUAUGCUCUCGGGACUCUUGGAGGUGAUCCUCGUGAAACAACCGGGAUAAUUGAACUUGGUGGUGCUUCCGCUCAGGUAACCUUCGUCUCAAAUGAGCCAAUGCCCCCUGAAUUUUCACGGACGGUUAAGUUUGGAAAUGUCAGUUAUAGUCUUUACAGCCACAGCUUACUCGAGUUCGGUCAGAAUGUUGCGUUUGACUUGGUUCGUCGGUCAAAAUUGGCAAAGGUUCCAAAUCCCGAAUCUUUCGGCAGCAAGGUAGUUUUGGACCCGUGUUCACCAAAAGGAUACAAACACAACGUAAUAACGGGAAACAUCACUCCGAGUUCUUUAAUCGAAAAAAACGAGCCGUUAUCGAUUCUACAUGCAAGUGGCAACUUCUCAGAAUGCAGAUCUGCUUCCUUAACAUUGUUGCAGAAAGGCAAAGAGGAGUGUGCCUAUGAUCAAUGCUACAUUGGUUCAACGUUCAUACCCAAACUUCAAGGAAAGUUUUUGGCAACCGAGAAUUUCUUCCAUACGUCUAAGUUCUUUGGGUUGUCACCAAAAACGUUUCUUUCUGAGCUCAUGGUGGCUGGUAAACAAUUUUGUGAAGAAGAUUGGUCAAAGUUAAAGUCAAAGUACCCAAAAUUUAACAAUGAGGAUUUGCAUCGGUACUGCUUUUCUUCAGCGUAUAUUGUUGCUUUACUUCAUGAUAGCCUUGGAAUUGCAUUUGACGACAAAAGGAUUGGAUACGCUAAUCAGGUGAAUAACAUUCCACUCGAUUGGGCGUUAGGAGCCUUCAUCUUUCAGAUCAUGAGUGAGUUAGAUGUCGGACAACUACACCCUCCAAAAUCCAUAAUCACCGUGGAUUAUUCUAUCUUAAGCGGGUUAAUCUUUGUUGUUGUUUUGUUAUUUGCUGCAUAUUAUGUGUCAAAAUGGAGGAAACCUAAUGUAAAGACGAUAUUUGAUCUAGAAAAAGGGAAAUAUAUAGUUACUCGAGUAGGUAGACAUUCAUAGUGUCUCUUUGGUUGGAUGGAAUGGAAUGAAUGAGGUAACGGAAUCAUGGUGUUCGAUGAUACAAUGGAGACGUGUUUGGUGAUGUCAUAUGGUCAUAGUAGCGGUGUUUGUUUUCUGGGAUCAGCCAUCAUAUGUAGUUGGAAAUCGAUGUAAUUUAGCAAUUUUAAUUCAGUUUUGUAAAGGGGGUUUGUGUUAUAUUGGCAUUGGUAGAUUGCAAAACUGCAUUCAUCUUGACUUUGUAAACCUACUUGGAAUGACAAAACGAGUUUAAUUUAUAUGCAUACAUUAUAUUGUUAUUA